GUUUCUCUCUGCCAGGGCUGGGAUUGGCACCCGCUGGCACAGGACAUACCCUCGAAUAACCUGCUCAUGUUCCCAAGAAGAAACCGCAGCAGGAGAGUAUCACGCACACAACCGGGUAGAUCUGUCCUCUCUUCCUUCCAAGAGAGAAAAAAAAUAAGAAGAAGCCAGGGAAGGGAAGCGCGAAGUUGGCAGCUAACUAAUUCCACUGCAGAGAGUUGGGGACUGCAACGGCGCGGAGGCAGCGGCUUUUGUUGACAGAGGCGGCGGCGGCGGCCGGUGGGGGAAGAGGCUGCGAGAGAAAGGGGUCCAAGCGUUGACCAAAAGAGCCCCACACCUCUCCAGGAUCCCCCUCCUAGCCCCUAAGGGACAGCAUCUGGCUUUGGGGGCUCGCCAAGACACGAUCCGGGUUGUUUGCGGAUCACACUGCACCUGGAGAAGCCGAGCGCGUCCUCUCGGUGGAGCACAGCACAUCCCGCCAAGGAGCGAAGCCGCAGGAAGAGUCAGGGAGAUGUUCGCCCCACGUCCCUCUCUGGGGCGGAGAAACUUCCUUGGGUCCUUCGGGCUCCGGCUUUGACCCCAAGGCGUGGGCUGCCGGGUCUGGGAUGGCCAGGGAUGGCUUCGGAGGGGGGACCCGACCCCGCCGCUGAAACCGAGGCCAAUCCGCCAGAAGAAACAGCAGCAGAAGAUGAAGAAGAAGAACAAGAAGGAACUGCAGCUCCUGAUGCUGGAGAGGAGCAGCGACCAGUCAAGCAAUCCUUGAGUUCCUCCAUGUGCAGAGAGUCCCACUGGAAGUGCCUCCUCCUUUCCAUCCUUAUGUAUUCAUGCUUGGGGGCUGUCACUUGGUGCCAACUUACUAGAGUCACUAAACUCAGUUUUGAUACCUCUUUCAGAGGUAAAUCUAUGACUUACCAUGACAGUCCUUGCUCUGAUGGCUAUGUGUAUAUUCCAUUAGCCUUUCUCACAAUGCUGUAUGUGGUUUAUCUGGUGGAGUGUUGGCACUGCCGGACCAAAAGCGAACUUCAGUACAAAGCUGAUGUGGAAAGUGUCUAUGACCGAAUUGCCAGAAUGAAGCAAGCUACCCCGUGUAUCUGGUGGAAAGCCAUAAGCUACCAUUUUGUCCGGCGAACUCGGCAGGUGACCCGUUAUCGUAAUGGGGAUGCUUACACAACCACCCAGGUCUACCACGAAAGAGUCAACACCCAUGUGGCUGAAGCUGAAUUUGAUUAUUCCAACUGUGGAUUCAAGGACAUUUCUAAAGAACUCAUGGGCCUGGAGUUGUUUUCAGCCACAAAAUUAAAAUUCAGCAAGUGUUUCAGUUUUGCUAACACAGAGUCUGAGAAUUCUUACCUCACACAGAGAACACAUUUCUUCACAGAAAUUGAAGGGCUGGAUGACUACAUGGAAGUCAGAGAAGGAAUGAAGCUCAAAAACAUAGACUUCAAGGAACUCAUGAUGGCCUAUGGGGACCCAGAUCAUCUCCCAUGGUACAUCUCCCAUUAUGCUUUCUGGGUGGCUGCUUUAAUGAUGAUCUCAUGGCCACUGAGAGUUUUCAUAGAGUAUCGGACUGCAUAUGUACACUACCAUGUGGAGAAGCUCCUUGGGGUGGAGUACAGAGUGCCCGCUGUGGCAGAGGAGCCCUUGUACAGAUACCGCAUACCCAGAGUUAGCACCCAGGACAGCACUGAACUCGAGUGGCACAUUUGCACCAAUCGGCAGCUCAUUCCCAGCUAUUCAGAAGCCAUGCUCAUGAACUUGACAAGUUCUUCCAUGUGCAAUGGCUACUCCAUGUGCAGAUACAGUGAAAUUACUCAUGGUUGUGAGCGUUGCCAUCAUGCCUCUAGUACCUCCUCCAUCUUCUCUCGCCACGCUUUCCACAGCUGCAGUGGAAACUCACAGUUCUCUCUCAACACCAGUCACUUCUCCUUGUGCCGGGUUCAUGGCUCUCACAGGACAGGUCUCGGGAGGAGUCACAGCAGCAGCAUUGCCGACCGUGGCUGUCAGGAUGAACAGUGCUGCUCCCACUCUAGCCAAUUGGCUGUCAAUGAAAACCCACCGACUUAUCAAGAUGCUCGUUUUUUCCCAGUGCUAAUUGUUCAUAGGUCAGAAGGGCAGGAAGGGAGGCACUUCUGCCUCCGCCGGGCAUCCUGCCUGGAGACUUCAUUGUGAAAGCACCAUGAGGACAGCAUCACUUCCUGAAAGCCAUUUCCCAAAACCAGUGAUACAGUGCAACUGAUCCAAGUCCCAGUUAAUGAUUUUUCCUAAUAAGGGGACAUGCUUACUCACUAAUCUGUGAAGGAUAAAGUCUAAAAUGAAGGGUAAAUUAACAUGAAAUUAUUACACUGAUAUCCUGCUCUUCCUCCACCUUGUUCAGGGCAUUCUCUGUGAUGUUAUACUGUCAUGUCAUUACACUAACCUUAUAAUCAAUCCUCAGGCAAGCUAAAAUGACUUUGUCCAAGGCCAAGCUAUUAGCUUCCAGACUGAUCAGAUAUUUGAUUCCAAGUGUCUUUCCUCAAAGGCUCACACAUAUCUGCUAUUGCUACACCACACAAAACUAACAGUCCUAUGUAGUUAUAAUCUGUAGUCGAAUUUCCACACUGUCUUUUCCAUUGAAUGUUCAUACAGAAAAGCAUUUGUGUAUAGAUCUGCAGACAAAAUACAGGUUGAACAUCUCUUACCUAGAAUUCCAAAAUCCAAAAUAGCUCAAAAAUCUUCACAUGGGUGGCUGAGGUAGUGAUGCCUUUGCUUUCUCAUGGUUCACUGUACAUAAAGUUUGUUUCAUGCACAACAUUACUUAAAGUAUUGUGUAUAAAAUUAUCUUCAAGCUAUAUGUAUAAAUAUGUAUGUAUAUGAAACAUGUUUAGACUUGGGUUCCAUCUCCAAGAUAUCACAUUAUGUACAUAUGUGCACAUACAUGUAUUCCAAAAUUCAAAAAACCCUCCAAAAUCCAAAAUACUUCUGGUCACAAGAAUUUUGGAUAAAGGAUACUCAACCUUUAAAACUAUCCUAACUUUCUCCUCUCUAAAUCUCAUUGCACUCUCAUCCAGAAAUAUCCUUUCAUCUUGGUUUCCCAUAUUAUUUAUCUUCUUCUCCUUUCCUUUCUUUCUUUUUUUUUUUUUUUUUGGAAUUGUGGAAGAAUAUUCAUUUGAGUGUAUACAUGUACUUUGACAUUGUUAAUGUGUGACCUUUCCAUCCAUCAUACUGAUAAUGAAACCAGUCUUAGAUUUUCCUUCUAAGACCACAGUUUUAAGCUAAUAUCCCCAUAUCUCACAUGUCUACUGUAAAUAGAGCAAGGUAAGAGCUGAUAAGUUAAUGGAGAUUCAUCCUUGCUCAUCAUCAGUUAAAAAAACCCUACUUCACAUCCUACACUAUGCUGAUGAAAAUAUAUAAUGACAUUUAGUUUAACUGUAAAAGUGAGUUAAACUAUGAUUCUUGCUAGAGUAUUGUUAACUAAAUAUAUUUAUUAAAGAGCAUAGCUAAUCUGCUUCAUAUACUUGUUCUGAUGUCUUGAAGUUGUUCUCUUAUCAUAUGACAAUGGGACCAUGACAAUGUAUCCCAGAUUAUAGCAUCAUGAAGAGCAAAAAAGUCAUCCUCCUCGGUUUGGAGUAAUGUUCGGAGAUGUGGGAAAGGGCAGAAUCGCUUCCUUCACUGUUUCUCAAAAGAAGGGAUUGCAGAAUACAAGUCUCAGAUAGAUACAUCUAACACAGGCAUGGGCAAACUUGGGCCCUCCGGGUGUUUUGAACUUCAACUCCCACCAUUCCUCACAGCCUCGGGCCCUUUCCUUUUCCCCCUCAGCCGCUUAAGCGGCUGAGGGGGAAAAGGAAAGGGCCUGAGGCUGUGAGGAAUGGUGGGAGUUGAAGUCCAAAACACCUGGAGGGCCCAAGUUUGCCCACGCCUGAUCUAACAUCAUCUCUGUCUUAGCAGAGCUUUAUUCCCUUUUCUUAAUGCUAUCAUAUUCCUGUUUCAUUUUUCAAAAAAUCUCUUCCUUCUGUUCCUCCAUCUCCUCUCUAUUUCACUGUUCGAUGCUUGUUAGAUGUUCUUUCACGCUUUCCAAGAUCACCAAGUGAAUACCUGUCACCUAGAUCAAGUGCUUUUCCUGAUUUUCAGGCUACAGCCAGCAUCACUUAAAACUAGUUCCAGAAUAAAAACUUAGUUUUAAUGGUCGUGUAAAAGAGCGACUUUCGGCAAAUUUUGCUUGUCAGAUAGCCAGAUAACCAGCAACACCUGCUGAAAUACCUUCUUCUAUGCCACCAUUAAAGCUGUCUUCAGUUUUUGCCCUGACAACCCAUUCAACACAGAUUUAACUGGGCAAAUGAUCCAGAUAGGUAGAUAUAGGCUAAGCAUUCAUUAUCAGGAAUUAUGAAAAACUCUAAAAUAGUCCACAUAGGUGGCUGAGAUAAUGACAUAUUUGCUUUAAAAUAUUGUAUAAAAUUAUCUUCAGAUUAUGUAUGUAGAUGAAACAUAAAUGAAAUUGUGUUUGUUAUUAUAUACAUAUAUGCUAAUACGUGUGUACCAAAAUCUGGGGAGAAAUCCAAAGUCCCAAACAUAUCUGGUCCCAAGCAUUUUACAUAAGGGAUACUCAAUCUGUAUUGUUCAUUAGUUUAAGAUACAGCAAUGCAAACAAUAAUUGGUAGAGUUCAACAUCUAGUGAUCAGUUGCUUUACGAGCCUUGUAUGCUUUACAGAUCUUAUAUUUUAUGGCCUUUAAAGAAAGCAAUAAGAAAUGGAUAUGUGGGUAAUUUCAUGCUGUCCUUUGUUCACACUUGUGUGUAUGAUGUCUCAUUAUUUGAUUACUGAAUACUUGUUUAUGCUUAGCCAAAAGUGUAGAUAUCUCACUGGAAAGCACUGCAUUUGUGGUCAUGAUAUGAAAUAUUUUUCUACAAUGGUAAAUUAAUGAUAGCUCA